CCCUCCGAUGCCCGCUCCGGCGCCUCUUCCUUCCCUUGCGUUGUGUUUGGCGUUACCAUGGAGUCUGGAGAGGCCCGCGGAUGCUGUUUGUCGCCAGGGUAACCCGAGCGGCAGAAGGCAACGGUGGCGGCUGCUGCAGGGCUGCGAUGGUGACCAACCCGGUGCACGGCCUGCCCUUUCUCCCGGGCUCGUCCUUUACGGACUCCACGAAAACAGCAUUCCACAGAAGCCAGACGCUUGGCUACAGGAAUGGCUAUGCAGUUGCCCGACGUCCGACCGUGGGGAUAGGCGGGGACCGGCUCCACUACAACCAGCUCUCUCAGGCCGAGCUGGACGAGUUGGCCAACAAAGCACCCGUCUUAACCUAUGGCCCACCCCGGCCGGCCCCACCUGCCGAGUUUGUUCCUGCUCACGUAGCUUUUGACAAAAAGGUGCUGAAGUUUAGUGCCUACUUCCAAGAAGAUGUUCCUAUAUCAACCGAGGAGCACUAUCGAAUCCGCCAAGUGAACAUUUACUACUAUCUAGAAGAUGACAGCAUGUCUGUCGUAGAGCCAGUUGUGGAGAAUUCUGGGAUCCCACAAGGCAAGCUAAUCAAACGUCAGCGGCUAGCCAAGAAUGAUGUGGGAGACCAUUACCAUUGGAAAGACCUCAAUCGGGGAAUCAACAUCACAAUUUAUGGCAAGACUUUCCGAGUUGUUGACUGUGACCAGUUCACACAGGAAUUUCUGAAAAGUCAAGGAAUUGAAUUAAAUCCACCAGAGAAGAUGGCUCUCGACCCUUACACUGAACUCCGGAAAGAGCCUGUUCGUAAAUUCGUCACCCCAUCAGACUUUGACCAGCUGAAGCAAUUUCUCACCUUUGACAAACAAGUUCUUCGAUUCUAUGCCAUCUGGGAUGACACGGAUAGCUUGUUUGGGGAAUGCAGACACUACAUCAUUCACUACUACCUCAUGGACGAUACAGUGGAGAUUCGAGAGGUCCAUGAACGGAACAACGGAAGAGAUCCGUUCCCACUCCUCAUGAACCGCCAGCACAUGCCCAAGAUUUUGGUGGAGAAUGCAAAGAACUUCCCUCAGUGUGUGCUGGAAAUCUCUGAUCAAGAGGUGCUGGAGUGGUACACUGCCAAGGACUUCAUUGUGGGGAAGUCCCUCACCAUCCUUGGGAGGACUUUCUUCAUUUACGACUGUGAUCAGUUCACCCGACAGUACUACAAAGACAAGUUUGGAAUGCCCGAUUUACCACGCAUCGAUGUGAGCAAGCAUGAGCCACCUCCUGUAAAACAGGAGUUACCUCCAUAUAACGGCUACGGACUAAUUGAAGAUUCUGCUCAGAACUGUUUUGCUCUCAUUCCCAAAGCUCCCAGGAAAGAUAUCAUUAAAAUGUUGGUGAAUGACAACAAGGUGCUCCGCUAUCUAGCUGCACUGGAGUCUCCUAUCCCAGAAGACAAAAACCGUCGGUUUGUCUUCUCAUAUUUUCUUGCCACUGAUAUGAUCAGUAUCUUCGAGCCUCCUGUUCGAAAUUCCGGUAUCAUUGGGGGCAAGUUCCUGGGCAGGACUAAAGUUGUUAAACCAUUCUCUUCAGUUGACAACCCCGUCUACUAUGGACCAAGUGACUUCUUCAUCGGUGCCGUGAUUGAGGUGUUCGGCCAUCGAUUCGUCAUCCUUGAUACAGAUGAGUAUGUUUUAAAAUACAUGGAGAGCAACGCUUCCCAGUAUUCACCAGAAGCCCUCGCCUCAAUCCAGAACCGUAUCCGAAAGCAGGAUGCUCCCACACAGGAUGUUCCCCCAGAGGAUACUCUUGCACCAGGAUCAGAAAGCAUGCAAGCUACAGAGGAACCCAAGGCACAGGACCUGGAUACCCUGAUAGACACAAUCCAGAUGCACCUGAAAGACCAUUCCUGCAAAGACAACCUCCGGGAAGCAUUUCAAAUAUACGACAAGGAGGAGUCAGGAUUUGUGGACAAAGAGGUGUUCUUUAAAGUCUGUGACACCCUUAAUGUCCCAGUCGAUGACUCCUUGAUUAAGGAGUUAAUCAGGAUGUGUACCCACGGAGAAGGCAAGAUUAACUACUAUAACUUUGUUCGAGCUUUUUCGAACUGAGCUGAAUGAGAGAAUGUGAUAUUCAUUGUUGACACUGAACUGACAUGGAGAAAUUCACUUUGUAUUUACUGUGCAAGUAUUUGCAUCACUCCUGAAGUUGUAUUUCUUUUUUGGCUCUUCUAUUUCCCUAUUACUAAAG